AUGCAGAAGAUGCAGAGGUUCAGAGGAGUGAGGCAGAGGCACUGGGGCUCCUGGGUCUCCGAGAUCCGCCACCCACUCCUGAAGACGAGGAUCUGGCUGGGCACGUACGAGACGGCGGAGGACGCGGCGCGGGCGUACGACGAGGCGGCGCGGCUGAUGAGCGGCCCCGUGGCGCGCACCAACUUCCCCCUGAGCGUCAGCGGCGGCGGCGGCACCCUCUCCCCGACGCUGCGCGCGAAGCUGGAGAAAUGCUGCACGGUGCCGGCGCAAGAGCCGCAGCACGGCGCGGACGUGGCGCGGACGGGUGGGGACGGCAGUAGUAGCCGCGGCGCCCGCCGGCGGGACGACGAGGACGAGGAGGCCGCCGUGAAAGCCGACCCCGACGCCGACGGCGGCGAGGAGUACAUCGAGGAGAUGAUCAGGGAGCUCACCUACUACGGCCCCGUGGAGAUACAGCACCACCCGCCGUCCGCCUCCUCAAGCGCCGCCGCCGCCGCCUGCUCGAGCUCGGCGAUUCGGUGA